AGUUGCACGUUGUUUCCCACAAUACCCUGACGUUGAUAAAAAAAUCGUUCUUAAAGAGGUUGAUUACAUAUAAUAUCACAACCUCAAACCCCAAACAUUUUACCUCAUUCUUCUUCUUCUUCCCAAGAUCCCACUCUUCACGUUUCUCUCUCUCUCUCUCUGUAUGCGUCUUGGCCAUGGCCACGAUAAUUUCCUGCUCCAUUCCAUCAAUGAUCCAAGCAUCAACUGGACCCGGGUCCGUCAGAAAACCCGACCCUAAUCGGAAGAAACCCGCUUCAUCUGUUUCUUGGUGGGCUCCUCUCUUCGGCUGGUCCUCCGAUCCCGAUUACGUUAACGCCGAGAGUUGCUCGAUGACCCGGGACCUGGAUCCGGAAAACAUCAAGAUCGCAAUAACCGGGUCGGGUAAGGAUCCGAAUCGACCUGGUCACAGGUUCUCGCCCGGGUGCUUGACGGAGGAGAAGGCGAAGCAACUGCGGAGGAAGACCGCGGAAGGUUCGACGUUCCACGACGUCAUGUACCAUUCGGCGAUCGCGUCGCGGCUCGCGACGGACGUCUCGGGUCGGGUCGAGAAGUAAACGAGUCGUAGAUCCCUUUUGAUCCAGCGAAUGCAUUAAUCAAUUCGUCGAUAUGUUACUCUUUUUUUUGUUUUUUUUUCCGUUGAUGAAAAAAAAAUUCGUGUGUUCCUGUGGGAUGAAGAACAGCUUCUUUCAGUGCAGCUUUUUAUAAUAACCGUUGGAUCAUGCAUGGUCUUUUGUUUUGGAUCGUUGGAUUGUACUUGGAUGUUGUUUCUUUGAAAACCGUUGGAUCGUAUAAUCCAUUAAAGAUCUAUUUCUAGCC